AUGGCUGGAAAUUCAAUUAGAGGUGAAAACUCCAACCUUCUAGGGAAAUCCUCCUAUGAAGCCUACCCUAUUCCUGAUUAUCCAAAUCUCACUUCACUUUCUCCAACAGUUCGGCAGGAAAGCGGCAAUUCAAGUGAGCGACUAUACGCCUGGCACCACAGGAAGAUAUGGCACCAACGACUCAAUGAAAGGAGCUACUUGAACCCCCAGGCAUACGGCCAACCAUGGCUCGAUAUAAUUGACAUCUUGAUUGCCCUUCUAAAUAAGACAUUUCUUGGAGAUGCUCGGUUGGUUACGGAGCUAGAGCUUCAACUGGUACUGAAAGAGCUGAGACUGAUGUUGCAGUUACGAUAUCUGGAGUUGAUAUCUCUUAAAGUGACUGGUUCGGCUCCAAGCUUAGAUGACGAGGCUGAAAUUGGAGCUGAUGUACUUGCUGUUUCUGGUCUACUUUCAGUUGCUGAAACUGAAGGAACUGCUGGGGAUAGGACUGAUGUCUCCGGAUAUAAGGAAGAUCGGCCUAAGAAAGCUGAUCAAGCGUUUAUUAUCAUAAGAGAAGAAAAACCGGGAUGUCCGUCUGUCAGCUCGAGCCAGGAGCCAAUGCGUCUCUCAGUAGUGCUCCGAAAUGGAGUCGAGAGGUCGGUAAACCGGAUAGGCUUGGAAAAGAAAAAGAAGUGGCGCUAUAGAGUCUCAUUCCCUAUAAUAGAAGUGGAGUGGUUGCUUGCUAUUCCCAUAUCAAUCGAUGAAAGAGAACUAGGGAGCAUUCAUAGCCGCGGGAAGCCGCACCAUCUCGUCCUUAUGAUCAAGAUGGGCUUCUCAGGCGGGCUAGCCUUUGCUUUUGGAUUUGCGGUGAGGGCGCUCUUCUCGGGUGGUACGGAGGUAGUCUGUGGGAUGGAUGAGAGGAAUACGCCGGCUUAUCCGGACGACUCAAAAUCUACGUCUUCAUCGCUUUCGGGCUUUCUUAAAGUUCAUGCUUCCUCCUCGUCUUACUCUCAUACGUCCUUCCUGCACUGUCCCGGCUCUGUCAAUCCUGCAAUCCAGCCUGCUUUCGCUUACGCUUAG